CCACUGAUGAUGAUAUUUGAAUCCUUUAUCGUUUGCGGUUCAAAACGAAUUCCUGUCAAAAUACAAGUCCAGAUUUAAAGCGUUAAGAGCCCCAGAUGUGUCAUGCUUACAAUAUGAAUAAUUAUAUUUUCCGGUGGACGUGUCGCAUGCAUUUCAUAUUAAAACGAAUGCGUAAUAUAAUGCCUAAUUAAGACAUAAAUCAUAAAAAAUGUACUUAAAACGUAUGUAUAUUUUGUAAAAUAUUAUGCAUAUUUUGUAAAGAAUGUUCAAAACUAUGUAUUUUAGUAUAAUCAGAUGUGCUCAGAAAGUUAAAAACUUUUUUUUUUUAGAAACUUUUGUAUCACCGAUAUAACUUGCAUUCAAGAAGAAAAUUAUAUAUGUACAUUGUAAACGAUGUGAAAUAUUCUCUUGUAGUGGCAGGAAUUGUUUGCAUUUCUUCGAUAAACCACAUCAUCUGGUGUGAGAGAGGAAGUGGUCGAUAUAACCAUCACCUCAACUGUGACAAAACAUCACAUGCGGAACAACUUACCAGAUAUAAACGUCUCAGAGCAUCCAAUCUCUUGGCAGAACGUCUUGCCACCGUUGAACUAGUGUGCUUGGAACCUAGUAUAACUUUGAUUAAAGAAAAAAAUAUUUGGUUUCAAUUUAUAGAUUAUUGAGAGAUAUUGUCGGAGUGCCUUUAUGGGGGGAUUGAUGACUGAUGGCUGCAGACCAUGUGUUGUUAUAUGGGCUGUAUUUGUGCUGUCCUCCGUCAUGGGAUACAGACCGGUAAUUAUUGUUCACGGGAUAUUAGAUGGACCCAGACAGUUUGAGAUUUUGUCUACAUUUAUCAAUCAGUCUCAUCCAGGUACCAGUGUGACCACGCUAGCCCUUUAUGACUACAUUUGCAGUAUGAAGCCACUGUGGCAACAGGUAGAUGGAUUCAGAGAGGCCAUCAGACCCAUCAUGGAGAGAGCUGAUGAUGGUGUCCAUCUCAUCUGCUUCUCACAAGGUGGAUUGAUAUGUCGAGGAGUUCUUGCAACCCUGCCGAUGCACAAUGUUCACUCUCUGAUAUUCCUGUCUUCACCACUAGCUGGCCAGUAUGGAGAUUCGUCUUAUUUGAAAUAUUUUUUCCCCAAAUUUAUCAAGUCAAGACUGUACCGUUUUUGUUACACUACAUGGGGACAAGGGAUAUCUAUCUGCAACUACUGGAAUGAUCCACACCAAAGAGAGAGAUACUUAAAGAGCAACAUCUAUCUCGCCCCACUGAAUGGAGAGAUAGAGCAUGCCAAUUCAACAGUGUGGCGAGACAGCUUCCUGCGCAUACAGAAGCUGGUGCUGAUCGGUGGACAAGAUGACGGCGUUAUUACACCAUGGGAGUCAAGUAUUUUUGGGUUUUAUGACAGUAAUGAAACUGUGGUUGAGAUGGAAAAGCAGGAUUGGUAUCUAAGAGAUGCUUUUGGCUUGAAAACACUGAACUCAGAAGGAGCCGUGGUCAAGUGUGUCGUCCCUGGUGUACACCAUACAUCCUGGCAUUCAAACCUCACAGUCUACAAGAACUGCAUAGACAAGUGGCUCAACUAAUCUGGAGACGGAAAAAAGGAGACGGAAAAAGGGAAACUGAUAUUGUUAUAUGCAUAUGCACAAUCCUCAAUGUAAUCAUGUCUCAUGUAGAUUAUGAUUGUACACUUAUUAAUCACCUAAGAUUUUUUGCUAACAUAAUGUGAUAAAUUAUUAUGAUUGGUUUUCUAAUAUAUAGUUUUCUAGCUAUUUUCUAUUCAUGUCAAAUCAGUUUGAAUAUUGUAAGAAAGUUAUUCUGUCCUGCUGCCACAGAUAAUGCAAGUCUAAUGUUCAGUUUUAAUAAAUGAAAUUCUAAAAUAAAUUAUUAAAUUGUUAUAAAAAAUG